ACACACACACACACACACACACAGUAAAUACUGCGCAUGUUGAUGAGAAAAUGUUCUAAAAAAAAAGGUCUACAUUUUUGUGACGUUCAUGGUUGGAGUUUCUGCGUCUUUGGCCUCACUCAGCCGACCGUCCUUCUCCGUUUCUAAUCUGGUGACAGAAUCGUUUUCCAGCAUCAUUUAAGCUCCUGUCCAACAGCAGAGGUUAGAAAGUUUCAGAGGAACCAAAACAUAAGUUCCAGACUCGUACCUUUGGGCUGAACGUCCCGACAUUCUUAUCCUGCUGAAAAUCAAACCCCUGACCUUUUGUUUUGAAGACAGUCCCCUCUUCCCAAUGAACACUUGUUUUCCCAGACAGUUUGGACUCGAACCCCAAUCAGUUUGACUAACAGUGGUUUGACGCUCUCGCCACUACAUCGUUAGAAGGGACAGAGUCACAGAGAGCCAUAGCCGACAGACACAUUUAGACACCUCUGUAAUCGAACCCCUGACCUUUUAUUGAAAUAUGAUAUUCUUUAUUUACUGAAGUGGAAGGGAAUUAGAAGUGGCACUGGUGACUGGUGGAUUAAUGAGCAACACUAGGAUUUGAACCCCAGACCUUUAAGGUGGAAGAUGUCCUCCCCCACACAUCCAUCAUUGCUUGUCUUUUAAAGGACAGAGACAUUUUGGACAGACCCAAGGCCAGGGUCUGUUGAGUGUCUUUCUGUAGGAAAAACCAUCACGGUCAGUGUCACUCCACGACAGCUUAUAGGACCAGGAUUUAACCACGGACCAGAACCACACAGAGCUCUGGACUGGUUUGUUAAGAACCUGUAAACGGCUCCCUGUUCCACUCCACCAAAGGUGCAUCUGCUCUGCUGCUGCCCCCAGUGGUCAGUUCAUGUCACUCAUAAAAACCACAAUGAAGGUUUCUCGUCUCUGCCCACCAAGAGUCGUCACACCUCGUAACCAUGGAUACCACUCAGAACAAGGGAUGAAUAAUCCAAGCUGGAGAACUGAGCACGACGGAAAUGACGUCUGACAGGAGUGACAACAAGAGCAAAGACAGUGGCUUCAUGGGGGAAUGAUGUGUUCAACUUCACAGUUAAAACACAGAGAGAGAGAGGGAGAGAAAAUCACUACUCUCUCUCUCUCUCUCUCUCUUUGUAUGUAUGUGUGUGUGUCUGUUAAUUAAUCUGCUCUAACCUUGUCAGGCACUAAUUGGCACCAUGACACACACACGCGCACACUCAGACAGCAGAGUCUGAUGUAGCAACACUGCCCCCUGCUGCUCGAUCUUAUUAUCCAACGGAAACUGGCUUGUCAGACAGUCUCCAGUACAAAAGUCCGUAGAGAAAAGCUGUAAUAUUAGCUCACAGUGACACAGAGGGGAAUCCCAUUGGUUGUUACCUAAAGAAAUACAAAACUCCUACCUUAGCCAUUAAAACCUUUUUAAUUUUUUUUAAUUUUUUUUUUGAGUCUCAAACAGAAUAAUACAAGAUGGUGAUGGUUGCAGCAGGGAAUCAACAACUGUUGAAUCCACGUGAACUCAAAGUUAAAAAUAUUCUCCUUGGACUUUGGUUUUGUAGAAAAUCCUUCACAGACGUCAGUUUCAUACUGUGUGCAAAAUGAUGAUAAACGGCGGAGCUGUAGUUGCGGUCUGUGACCAAAAGAUGGCAGUAAAAAUAAAAAUGUGUUGAAUGGACUCAGUUGUUGUGGAGUGAGAGUUCAGACCGGGGGCAGAGGGAGAGGGGAGACACAGAUGGAGUCAUGGGACUGUGUUUGUUCGUCCUGAGAUAUGUGAGUCAUGAGACAUGAGGAGAGGAUCAGGAGGACGAGCAGCAGAAGAGGACAGAGGGACAAAGAUGGUGGACAUGUCCAGGUGGGUGAGGAGGUGCUGCUGCUGCUGCUGCUGCUGCUGUGAGAGGGAGGAGGAGAGGGAGACAGAAGGCAGGAGUGAAGAUGACGAGGAGGAGGAAGAGGUGAAGCUGCAGGACCUGAUCUUUAGGAAGAGUAACAGUUCGUCUUCGUUGACUUCUCCUAAGUUGGACCUGAGCUUAUCCAGGUCUGCGCCUCAGACACAGUGGUUCCACACUCUCCAGGUGAGACACGUGCGUGUCCGCAGAGAACGAAGCAACAGUGACCCCCUGGGCGGGUGGGGCAAUGGGGAAGAAGAGGAGAAUCAUCACAGAUGGAAAUCAGGCCUGAGGUUCGGAGCAGCUCAUUCCUACCUGAGUCUGGAGAAGCUGGGAGAAGGAGCCUAUGCUAGUGUCUACAAAGGCAUCAGCAGGAUAAACGGCCAGCUGGUGGCGCUGAAGGUGAUUCGUAUGAAGACAGAGGAAGGAGUUCCCUUCACUGCCAUCAGAGAAGCAUCUCUGCUCAAAGGUCUGAAACAUGCAAACGUGGUCCUUCUUCAUGACAUCAUUCACAACUCAGAGACCCUGACGCUGGUCUUUGAAUAUGUGCAGACAGAUCUGUCUCAGUACAUGCACCAACAUCCUGGAGGUCUUCACUCACACAACGUCAGAAUCUUCAUGUUCCAGUUGCUGCGUGGCCUCACUUUUAUCCACAGUCGCAAGAUCCUACACCGAGACCUCAAACCCCAGAACCUGCUCAUCAGUUACCUAGGAGAACUCAAACUGGCCGACUUUGGCCUGGCUCGGUCUAAGUCCAUCCCCAGUCAGACAUUCUCUGCCGACGUAGUGACUCUUUGGUACCGACCCCCUGACGUUCUGCUGGGAUCCACAGAAUACUCCACUGCGCUGGACAUGUGGGGGGCAGGCUGUAUCUUUAUUGAGAUGCUGCAGGGGGCGCCAGCGUUCCCUGGUGUCACUGAUGUCUUUGACCAACUGCAGAAGAUAUGGAUGGUCCUGGGUGUCCCCUCUGAGAGCUCAUGGCCCGGGGUGACUUCACUUGCAAACUACAGGCCAGAAAAGUUCUAUCACUCUGAGCCAAAACAGUUCAGAACUGUUUGGAAAAGAUUGAAUCAGCUCCCAAUCAAGACCGAGGGCCUGGUCCAGAGACUGCUGAUGUUGGUUCCCUCAGAGCGGAUCUCGGCCCAGGAAGCUCUGCAGCACCCGUACUUUAACACACUCCCAACUCCCAUCAUGCACCUGAAUGACAUGGUCUCCAUCUUCAAAGUUCCCGGUGUUUAUCUGGAGACAGAGAUCAGAGAUGUUCUCAACUCGGGACAUAAGGUCAAACCGUCUCUGUUGACUGCUGCCACCUGCUGGUGACCACCACCAGCAACGCCUCCUAGG